CACUUACGUGCAAAAGAAGGAAAACGAAUCUCUUCCUCACUGUCUCUCGCUCGCCCGGACGACUUUCCUUUAUAUAGAUACAUCGGGACUUGGAUCAAAAUCGACAUUUCUUUACACAGAAGGCCCAAAUUACAGAGCUGUAUGCGCAUCUAGCAACCAUGGCGAAGGCACCUCAAGUCAUCACUUGCAAAGCGGCGGUGUGUUGGGGCGUGGGAGGGCCGGUGAAGAUAGAAGAGGUGGAGGUGGAGCCGCCGAGACCGUCAGAAAUCCGAGUGAAGAUGCUCUGCGCCAGCAUUUGCCGCACCGACAUCUUGUGCAUCAACGGCUUCCCAACUGGACUUUACCCUAGAGUGCUGGGCCAUGAAGGUGUUGGAGAGUUAAAAAAAAACAGUGUGGUAGAGAGCUUGGGAGAAGAAGUGAAAGAUCUGCAAGUCGGAGACACGGUGAUCCCUACGACGCUGGGGGAGUGCGGGGAAUGCGGGAGCUGCGAGUCGGGUCGGACCAACUUCUGCCAGAAGUACCCGAUCGGAGCCACGGGUCUGAUGCCGGACGGGACCUCCCGGUUCACCGUCCGGGAAGGGAACAAGAGGACUCCGGCGUACCAGUUCCUCUCCUGCGCCACGUGGUGCGAGUACAUGGUGGUCGACGCCAACUACGCCGUGAAAAUCGACGCAGGCUCCAUCCCUCCGCCGCAGGCCUCCAUCAUCUCCUGCGCCUUCACCAGCGGCUACGGCGCCACGUGGAAGGCCGCGCCGGUGACCGUUGGCUCGUCCGUCGCCGUUUUCGGCCUCGGCCCCGUCGGCCUCUCGGCGGUGCAAGGAGCGCGGAUGCAUGGAGCGGCGAAGAUAAUCGGGGUGGACAAGAACGAGAGGAGGAGGAAGAUAGCGAGCGAGUUGGGAGUGACUCAUUUCAUCAACUCGGAAGGUCUGGAGAAGCCGGUGUCGGAGGUGGUGAAGGAGCUCACCGACGGGAAAGGAGUGGAUGCUUGCUUCGAGUGCUCCGGCUACGCGCCUUUCAUGAAUCAAGCCAUGAAAGCUGUGGUACAGGGGAAAGGGAAGGCAGUGGUACUAGGAGCAGGGAAGUACGACAGUAUUCAGCUUGACUUCGUUGACCUUCUGUUCGGCGGAAGCAUAACGGGCUCCAUUUUCGGCGGAGUUAAGAUCAAGUCCGACCUCCCCCAUCUCCUGCACAAAUGCCAAAAUAAGGAAUUCGAGAUUGAUGCACUGUUGACUCACGAAGUGCCACUGUGCGACAUAAACAAAGCGUUCGAGAUGAUGAAGGAACCGGAUUGCAUCAAGGUUGUGGUCAAGAUCAGUUAGCUAUGGCUAGAUUGCAUGCAGUCCGCAUACUAGAAAUAAAGAAGUAAUUUAUGAAUCGAUCGAGUAAAUAAGUACGGGUUUAGCAGGGGUACGAUCGAAUUAUGUCAUUAGUGUUAAACAAUGUUACGGCCUAGCAGCUGCUGUUGAAGUCGAGUAUCAAACCCGGGGAUGGAGCUAAAGACGCAGUGGUGAUAAAGUUUGAACUAUCAUAGUAUGUGUUGCUUUUCUGAGUGUUGUGUAAACUUAUAACAAUAAUUUGGCGUUUGUUAAUUUAAUGGUAAUGGAUUAUUAAAAAAAAAAUAAUUAAUAGCAAUGGUCAAAGGGACUCCAUCCUUUGGUGUUUGUUUCGGGACGGGGAAAAGGAGAGGUUAAAGAAUUGCAACGGCAAACCAUUAUAUAAAAAAAAAGAGUUGC